AUGCCACUCUCAGAUGCCGAAUACGACCAUUUCUUCAAAACACUGAACAGUCCACACCGAGUCAGUGCAGUUUGCUUCUUGAGAUCCAUGUAUGGCUGCCAGAAUGCCUUGGUCCAGACUUUAGACUUGUAUGAAAACCAUGGAAUCGUCCCAGAAGGGAGGGUUUGUUCCGACUUGGCAGAAAUGCCCAGCUUUCCUGAUUUCUGCACCCUCACUUUUUAUCGCUGCACCUUGAAGAAGUAUUUUGUGAAGCGGAUUCAGUGUCCAGAUGAGAUCAGUGAAACAUCGCAAAACACCAAUCAAGAACUUGAAAAUAUUGAGUCAUCAUCUACUCUACAAGAGAUGCCACUCACCAACCACUUCCCUACCACUCUCCCUACCAUGACAUCUCCUCCACCUCUCAUCUCUGGAUCAAACACUCCCACAACAGCAACAGAAAGCAUCCUAACCGUUCCCGAGGCUACCACUGGAACCGUUCCUAAACUUCCCAGUAUUAUUUCUGAUAUUACUUCCACAAGGCCUUGGCUUGAUCUGCCCACCUCUUCCACUCCUGUCACAACCGAUUCAGAAUCCUUGCUUGAGCUUCUCACCAGCCUUGAUGCCGUGAUAGCCGAGCAAAGCUUUCCUGAAUUGUUUACCACCACACUUAACACGGCAGAGGGGUCUUUGUCCCAGCACCUUAUGCCUGAUGUGCUUCUUCCGACUCCUGUCCCUACGCUUUCUUCCACUUCCAAUGCUAUGGCAGCUACCCCAGUUAUCUCUGUAUCAGUUGCCACUGAAUCCUCCUCUGAGCCUACCACCUCUGAAGCCACCACACCAUCAUUGGGUUCUGUUUCCACAAAUCCUGCCAUUACCAUUGCCCCAGCCACCAUUGCCCCAGCCAGUAGCCCAACUUCAGCAUCUCCUAGUCCCGUUGUCACUGUCACUGCCACAUCUACACCUUCUUCUUCCCCUUCUGCCUCAUCUUCUACUCCUUCCAAAACAUCUCUGCUAUCAACCAACAAGCCCACCAUCCCUAAAAGCCCUGCUCAUGUAUUGCCUCCUGUCAGAGUUGCUGAAUGGCCUGUUGUCCCAAUCUCUGCUGUUCUUGGACAGUAUCCCUUGCAGCCUACCUCUGUCAUGCAGCUUCUUCUCCUUCCUCCCGGCUUUGGUCCUAGGAAGUCAAAACCUCAGGCAAUUGCCAUCUCUUCUCUGUUUCCAUUUGGAGUAGGGCCUUCUAACAUUUGGCCAAAGAAAAUAAUGCUCAAGCCCCCAAAGAACUUACCAACAACUGCAAAACAGGACAAGUUCUCACCAACGAAAUCGUCAACUGCUGCAGGAUUGGAGAACUCCUUACCAACGAACCCGCCAACUAGUGCAAAAUGGGAUAAAUUCUUAUCACAGCUACGGGAUAACAGAGUGCAACAGCUGAUGCAGAAAAUGCGAGAGUUGAUGGGUAAAGGGAAAACUGUAAAGAAACAGCUGUUGCAGUCCACCUCUCUGCAACUGCUGUCUGCGCUGAAGAAUGUCAAGCAAAAGUCUUUGGCUUCCUUAGCAUCUAAGAAGCAACUUCAAAGAUGA